AUGUCUCUUGAUCCAUCUGCUAUUCAACUCAUCAUAUCGAGACACAAGCAAGACCUUCAGUCUUACGCUAGCUCUGCUGAUCCUUAUGUACAAAGCAUAUCUCUUCGAAGAGUCCAAACAGAUUUACCUCAUUUGCUACGAGCUUUGAACGGUCACAAGAAUAGUAAGGACUACGAAUACACACACGCUAAACUCAAUGAGCUCUCGGCAUUGAUCGAUGAGAUUCUGUUCAAAAACCAGAAAGCAUUGGAAGCAGACUUGGCCAGAAAGCGGUACGAAUACCCUCCACAAACAGACCCUAUAGGUCAGUCCUCUUCAGAAUUAGUGGAAAAGGACGACCCAAGAAACGAUUUGACGUCCCUCCGAAAGCGCCUUCUUGCAGAUGGAACGUCUACAUCUUUGAUUGACGACAAAAGGGCAGAGCAAGGCAACGAGUAUCAUGAAACUAUGCAAGAGAAUAUCUUGAAGGAUCUCACGAGUCUCGCAACUGAUCUCAAAAGCGCAGCAUUAUCCUUAUCCUCGAAAAUAACAGAAGACACCAAAGUUGUUGAUGAGACCGGUGAACGUAUGUUGAAGAAUCUGUCUUUGAUGCAGACAGUAGGUACGAAUCUCAAUGGCUAUCUUGUUGGCAAAAGUGGCGGCAAGAUCAGUCUAUUUUUUCUUCUAAAAACGUCGCUUUUAGUUCUCUUUGUUUUUGUCAUUGCUCUCGUUCUCAUCAAUUUCCUACCAAAAAUGUGA